AUGAUUUUGUGGACAUUUGAUGGAAAUACAAAUGAUUUUUCUGGCGUUUAUAAUGGUCAGCCGAUAAAUAAUCCAACAUACGUCUCACCUGGUUAUACGGGAUAUGGUUCAAUGUUGCAUUUACAAAGUGCAUUGAAUCAGUCUGUGGUUGUCGAAACACCAGUUCUAAAUUUGGGUUUUACAAGUUUUACGAUGGAAGCUUGGAUCUAUCCAAUGACUGUUUCGUCAGCUGGCGACGAUAAUAUUUUUUCACAAUGUCAAGCACUUGCUACGGAUCAAUGUUUACAUUUUGUCUUAGCAUCCCGUUAUUUACGCAUGAGAUUUUUUGGUGACGGCUCCCAAGGUGUCACGCCGUUUACAGCAAAUAAAUGGUAUCAUAUUGCGUGUGUUUAUGAUUAUACAUUAACAGCACAAAUUGUCUACGUAAAUGGUGUUCGCGACGGUUUUUCUUCGCCUUCUGGACCAUAUCAAGGAACAGGAGGUAUUUUUGAAAUAGGGACAGCAUCUGUCGAUUAUGGUGGAGUAUUUACUCCUUUUAACGGAUACAUUGAUCAAGUAGCAUUUGUUCCACGAGCUAAAAAUGCUACAGAGGUUCUAGACGAUGCAACCCUUGUCGCUUAUUAUUCAUUCGAUAACGGCUCUUACUUAGACUUUGGUCCUUUGUGGAUCAAUGGCACUGGGGUGGGUGUUUCACCUGUUGUAGGUCGUAUUAGUCAAGCUCUUUCGUUUGCCACUACGCAUAGCUAUUUUCAAGCAACUGGCUUCACUCUGUUGGGAACAGUGAAUCAGUCUUAUUCCAUAUCACUAUGGCUGAAGCCACAAGCAGUAUCUGGUGGUGCAACAAUUGUUCAUGUUUCAUCAUCAACAAUCGGCACUGGCUGGUGUAUACCUAUGAUUGGAUUGAGCGCAUCAGGACAAAUAAUUACGCAAAGUUGGAACAAUACAGCGGUCGCAGUAACUGGACCCAUUUUGACACUAAAUGUAUGGACACAUGUGGUCGAAACGUAUAGUGUCAUGAAUGGUAUUCGAAUGUAUUUAAAUGGAACAUUAUAUGGUUCGACAGGUGCAUUUUUUUAUAUGGCAAGUAACGUACCGAAUACAAUCACUCUGGGAAAUCCGUUGAAUGGAACAAGUUGUACAUCAGCAUUAUUUGUUGCGGGACAGUAUCAGGGUGCAAUGGAUGAAUUUAGAUUAUAUUCAAGGGAAUUAAAUUCCACCGACGUUUAUUCACUUGCUAAUCCGUAA